AUGGAGGACUCGGACUCGGCCGCCAAGCAGCUGGGCCUGGCCGAGGCGGCGGCGGUGGCGGCCGCGGCCGCUGUUGCGGCGGCGGCCGCGGCCGCGGCAGGAGGCGAGGCGGAAGAGCCGGUGCUCAGCAGGGACGAGGACUCGGAGGAGGACGGAGACUCGGAGGCAGAGCGCGAGACUCGGCGGGUGACGGCCGUGGCGGUGAUGGCCGCCGAGUCCGGGCACAUGGACAUGGGUGCCGAGGCCCUGCCGGGUCCCGACGAGGCCGCCGCGGCCGCAGCCUUCGCAGAGGUGACCACUGUGACCGUGGCCAACGUGGGCGCCUCUGCAGACAACGUCUUCACCACGUCGGUGGCAAAUGCCGCCUCACUCUCGGGACACGUCCUGGUGAGCCGCUCCGCGAGCGCUUUUCCCCAGACCCCAGAGUGUGACCUCCCUGACCCCGGUUCCCUCAGAGGAAGAGCCGGCGAGGCCGCUGGGGGUGAGCGGUGCGGCCACCUGCUGGUCCCUCGUGUCACUUCAGGCGGCCGGGGCCGAUGCAUCAAGCAGGGGGAGAACUGGUACAGCCCGACUGAGUUCGAAGCCAUGGCCGGAAGAGCCAGCAGUAAGGACUGGAAGAGGAGCAUCCGCUACGCGGGCAGGCCGCUUCAGUGCCUCAUUCAGGACGGGAUCUUAAAUCCUCACGCUGCCUCAUGCACCUGUGCCGCCUGCUGUGACGACAUGACCCUGAGCGGCCCGGUCAGGCUCUUCGUCCCCUACAAAAGGCGCAAGAAGGAGAAUGAGCCGCCUGCGACCCCCGUGAAGAAGGAGCCCCCCAAGAACAUCACGCUGCUUCCCGCCACCGCCGCCACCGCCUGGUACGACCUGGUGAUCGUUAGUACUUGUAGCGCCGACAUCCCAGUUCGGUCGUGGAACGGUCCACCACCCCUGAAGGACCCCGUGGGCCCCUCCCCAGCCUCUGAGAAGCACGAGUCUACUUCCUGUCCUCGUGUGUUUGCCUCCUCUGAGCACGUCACUUGGCAGUUUGUGUUUGGCUUUGCCGAGAAAGUUCCAGACCGCUUUUCCAAGUGGCUGCGGGUGCUACCCCUCUCCCGCCAGCACGUGGCGUGGUCCAGCGGCCGCAGCUGUCCACCAGCUGUCCACCAGGUGCUAACUGGCAUUCCUGACUGGAAGGACCACCAGCACGUGUGUGGCCAGUCGGCAGCUGUCACCGUCCAGGCGGACGAAGUCCACGUCACUGACAGCGUGAUGGAGAAAGUCACCGUGUAA